AUGUACAAGAAUGGCGAACCAAUCUCCAUGAUGACUGCACAAGACUAUCCCUCGGGUCUAAUGGUCGAUCGUGCUGGGAUUGACAUGUGUCUAGUCGGUGAUUCACUUGCCAUGGUUGCCUUGGGUUAUGAUUCCACAAACCCUCUUACUAUGGACGAAAUGAUCCAUCACUGCAGAGCAGUUGCAAGGGGAAAUAAGACUGCCUUUUUGGUAGUCGAUUUGCCUUAUGGCAGUUAUGAAGCCAGCCCCGAAGAUGCCGUCCGUGUCUCACUCCGAUGCCUCAAGGAGGCCAAUGCAGAAGCUGUCAAAUUGGAAGGUGGCAAGGAAAUGGCAGAGACCAUUCGUCGUAUUACACGUGUAGGAGUCCCGGUACUGGCUCACAUUGGUCUGACUCCUCAACGACAAUCUGCCUUGGGUGGUUUCAGAGUCCAAGGAAAGACUGCCAAACAAGCUCAGGAACUCCUGGAUGACGCUCUGGCUGUUCAGGAGGCAGGUGCCUUUGGAAUGGUUUUGGAAGCAAUUCCAUCCGAAAUCGCAGGUUACAUUACCCAGCGCCUCAAGAUUCCUACCAUUGGUAUUGGUGCUGGUGUCGACUGCUCUGGCCAAGUUCUUGUCAUGAACGAUGCACUCGGUUUAUUUGAUCGUUUUGUACCAAAGUUCACAAAACAAUACGCCAAUCUCAACCAAAUCAUGACUAAUGCUCUUUCCCAAUAUCACGCCGAGGUCAAAACCAGAGCUUUCCCUGCACCCGCAAACACAUAUCCCAUAGAUCCUGUCCAGCUCGAGAAGUUUUGGAAAUCCCAAGAAACACAUCUUAACAAAUCUAAAGAUGAAGAAGAGGAAGCUUCUGAUGUACGCCUACAUGCUCAAUAGACUUGCAAAAUUAUAUAACAUAAUAAAUAUAAUAAUAAAAGGAACCUUGAUUUUGUAUAUCAAAGCAAAAUAAAGUAAACAAAUAAACACGCAAACAAAAACAAACUAAAUAAAUACAACAUUAAUAAUAAUAAUG